GCCGCCGCUGCCGACGGGAUCCUCUCAGGGGUUUGAAAGCCCGGCCUUCCCGGUCAUGUUCCUGACGGACUUUCGCAGAGAUUUCUAUGAGGUGGUCGUGAACCAGCGGGUGCUACUUCUUGUUGCUUCAGAUGUAGAUGCGUUAUGUGCUUGUAAAAUACUCCAAGCUUUAUUUCAGUGUGAUCAUGUGCAGUAUACUUUAGUCCCAGUAUCUGGAUGGCAAGAACUUGAAACUGCAUUUCUUGAACAUAAAGAUCAGUUCCAGUAUUUUGUUCUCAUAAAUUGUGGUGCCAAUGUUGAUCUACUUGAUGUCCUUCAACCCGAAGAAGACAGUGUUUUCUUUGUCUGUGACACACACAGGCCUAUCAAUAUAGUGAAUGUUUACAACGAGCCACAGAUCAAACUACUGGUAAAGCAAGAUGAUGACCUUGAAAUUCCUGCCUUUGAUGAUAUCUUUAGGGAUGAGGAGGAGGAGGAAGAUUCUGGUAACGAAAGUGAUGGUUCAGAGCCUUCAGGAAAGCGGAGGCGAUUUGAAGAGGAAAUAGUGGAAAGAACAAUGAAAAGACGGCAAAGAAGAGAGUGGGAAGCACGCAGGCAAGAAAUUCUGUUUGACUAUGAGCAGUAUGAAUAUCACGGGACUUCAUCUGCCAUGAUGAUGUUUGACUUGGCAUGGAUAAUGUCUAAAGAUUUAAAUGAUAUGUUGUGGUGGGCUAUUGUUGGACUAACAGACCAGUGGAUUCAAGACAAAAUCACUCAAAUGAAAUACGUAACAGACAUUGGAUCUCUACAGCGGCAUGUAUCUCGGCAUAACCAUCGCAACGGGGAUGAAGAAAAUUCUCUUUCUAUUGACUGCAUGAGAAUAGCAUUUGAAUAUGACUUGUGCCUUGCGCUCUAUCAACAUUGGUCUCUGUAUGAAAGCCUCUGUAAUACCUGCUACACUUCUGCCAGCUUCAAGCUUUGGUCUGUUCAAGGUCAGAAGAGACUGCAGGAAUUCCUUGCUGAUAUGGGCUUACCUUUGAAGCAAGUAAAACAGAAAUUCCACUCUAUGGACAUUUCCUUGAAAGAGAAUCUACGGGAGAUGAUUGAAGAGUCUGCAAAUAAGUUUGGAAUGAAGAAUUUAAGAGUACAAACCUUCAGCAUCCAGUUUGGUUUUAAAAAUAAGUUUUUAGCAAGUGAUGUAGUUUAUGCUGCUGCUUCUUUAAUGGAGAACAUGGAGAAAGACGAAAGUGGAACUGACAAUUUCAUCAAAGCUUUGGAUAGUCUUUCCAGGAGUAACCUGGACAAGUUGCAUCAAGGGCUGGAACUAGCCAAAAAGCAACUUCGUGCAAUUCAGCAGACCAUAGCCAGCUGUAUCUGCACCAAUCUUGUAAUCAAUCAGGGACCGUUCCUUUACUGUUAUCUCAUGGAGGGCACACCAGAUGUGAAAUUGUUCUCCAGACCAGUAUCGUUAUGCCUGCUUAGCAAAUACUUACUCAAGUCAUUUGUUUGUUCUACAAAAAACAAGCGCUGCAAGCUGCUGCCAAUGGUUAUGGCUGCACCAAUGGACACUGAGCAAGGCACAGUGAUCAUGGUGGGGAUUCCACCUCAUCUGGAAAGCUCAGACAAAAAGAACUUUUUUGGAAGAGCAUUUGAAAAAGCUGCAGAGAAUACCAGUUCUCGGACUUUACACAACCAUUUUGACAUGUCUAUUAUUGAAUUGAAAAUGGAAGAUCGAAGCAAAUUUCUGGAUGCACUUAUUUCUCUUUUGUCCUAGUGGUAAGAUGGUGCUGAAGGAUUUUUUUUUUAGCCAUUGAAUCUUGAACAAUUGUAGAACUCAUUAAAAUGUAUCUGAUUGUGUUCUAUUUUUAAACUUUUGUCUUUCUCUUUUGGUAAGCUCUUGAUACCGUUUUAUCUGUGAGUUUUACCUUAUGUAUAUGGAAUUUGUAAAUAGCAAUUAUCUUGUAUCUACCAUGUUUGGCUUGUAUAGCUUUGAUGUAAACCUAUUUU